GUUAUUGCUGGCGUACGACUGCAGCGUAAUUGAGCCUAUACUAAAUGAGUCCACAGUCCAGGCGGAUAUUAACGCGCUCUCCAUGAGCAGCCAGGGAGAAAUCAAACUCACUAAUUCAGUCUUAUGAUUCAAUGCGACAUUAAGUUGACGUUAUUAAAUUGUUGACUUUCUUGCCUUUUUUUUAGUAACAUUUUAAAACUAAUAUCCAAAAGUUCUGGUCGUCCUAACAGCGCAUCUCUUCGGAAAACUCUCCUCAUCCAAACGGUGCAGGACAAAACAAUGUGGCUCGCGCGAACUCUCCUCGCUCUGGCACUUCUUUGCGCACCGGUUUCUAGCCUCUGCAUUCCAACGUACGACCCCGAAUCCAACUUUCUCUGCAACAACCAGGUGUUCUCCGAGACGAAUGAAAACGGACAACCGAAAAACUCCCGGCUGGACAGUGUAAAUCAGCUGUAUAAGUCAGCGCACGCGCUUUCCUCUGAGGAGUCGCGCGAGAGGAGGACGGCACCCGAGUCCAAAUACAGAUUCUUGAGCCAGACGCAGCUCAGGAGUAAACUGUACCGCAACAGUGCGAAGAGCGACCGACGCAGUCAGGUCACUCUUUCCCUCGAUGUCCCUACCAACAUAAUGAACAUCCUCUUCAACAUUGCCAAAGCUAAGAACCUGCGCGCGAAGGCUGAUGAUAACGCGCGCCUGCUGGCGCAGAUUGGAAGGAGAAAAUGAACUGUUAUUGAUGUCACUAAAUUGACUUUAGCACAUGUGUUUUUGUGACCAACGAAGGCAUGUUAUCUCUAAUUUAAUAUUGUAAUAAAUGUUUUUUUUUGUUUGUUUUUGUUUUGUUUUUUUGCAUAACAAUAUUGCAAUUGCAAUUUUCAGUAAUAACAGCAAUACUGAAAAUUAAUGGAACUGAUUAGCAAAUAAGUGUCUUUAAUGGGUUUCUGUGUAUUUUCAUUUUCAUUGGCAGGUUGGUUAAAAGAGUCAUAUUUUCAUGGACAUACUAAUUUAAUCUAAUAAGAAGGAAAUUAUUUAAAAAUUGGCUUAUCACGGCAGUGUGACUCAUAUGACACUUGAAAGCAAAAUGAAUUGUCUAUUUCUAAGCUCGAACUUCAAAUGGACGUAACAUUUGAGUAUCAAAUUGCGGAUCAGAGGCAAAUGCGACAUUUCCCGCUGUACACUUUCAUCUCUCUCUCUCCCCGUUCAUUAGCACACACAUUUAUGAUCCGAGUCUGUAAUUCUCAGAUGAAAGUUGACUUGACUAUUACUGAAAAUGACUGCUAUUGAUUGACUAAGAUACGUGACUAAAUGGUUACAUAUGCCUGAGGACGAUACAGUUCUGAAAGUUUUGGGUUGAUUAGACCGACGGUUGAAUAUUUUUGUACUGAAAAUAAUAAUUAUUAUUAUUUUUUGUUUGAUAAAUAAAAGCAAAUUAAA